AUGUCGUCGCCGCCUUCGCAGUCCGCCGCCACGACGGCGGGGGGGGCGGCGGGGGCGGCGCCGGCCCCGGCCUCGCCGUCCCACGGCAAGAUCUGCUUCAACGCUCACUGCAAGGAGCAGAUAGCGGAGGGGAGUUCGCCGCGUCGGAGGGGAUGGCGUCUCCGCUCGGGGGAGCUCGCCGAACUCUGCGCUCGAUGCGCGUGAGUUUGUCCCACCUUCGUUCCCCCCCUAUCACUCUCUUUCAUCGUCGACACGUGGUUUUUUUUCCGCUUCUUUUGGGUGGUUAGUAUUUACGUAUUCUUAUCCGAGCUCGGGCGUUUGCCCACCGUAAUUGACUCAGACAUGCGCUAGUCGAGUUCAAUUUGUGGUUUACUGCUAUUUGUCCUCAGGAACAGAUAAUUGACGCGUACUGCUCUUUUGCUUCUUGUUUUGAUCUCGAUCUUAUUCUGUUACCCCAAAAACUCCAAAUUCCGUACUUUGACGAUGUAAUUUGAAAAUUUGAACGUCCAGAUUCUGUCGUUCAUGUGCCGUAUGUGUCGCUCAACGUGAGUUUCGGACAAUGAGUGAGAAAGAGUGGUUAAGUAUGGAUGGACUUGCAUUUCUCAUUGUGUUGAACUUCUGAAGUUAGACGCGAAAAAGUCAGAAAUGAUGACGGGUUAUAUUGCGUUCCAUUGGUCAUUCGUUAGAAUCAUAUCUGCUUCUAGAAUAAGUCAAUUUAUGGUUUUAUUGAGUACCCAUUUCCUUACUUUAUUGUUCUAGUUCUACAUACGAGCAAGGGGGCUUCUGCGACACAUUUCAUUCAGAUGGUGAUGGUUGGAGAAAGUGUGAGUCAUGUGGAAAGGUGAGACUAGUUUCCCAGGUUAAGUUCAUGUAUGCACACUAUUUUUUUGUUUCUCAAUGGUCAUCAUUUUGAUCUUAGUUAUAAUGUCCAGAGGGUCCACUGUGGGUGUAUUGUGUCUGUUGAUACAUUUAUGCUACUUGAUGCGGGAGGAGUUGAAUGCAUUGCAUGUGCUCGAAAAAACUUCAUCACGGUAAGAAUAAGGUGGCAUCUUUCAUUUGAACAUAUCUCUUUUUAUUAGAUACUACCAACUAGUUUAAGUUUUUUUUCUUGAAGAAAAUUUCCAGUAAUAGAUAUAUGUUUGGUAUUCACAUAGGAUGCUACAUGCUUAUCAUCUAGAUCAUAUCCUCUGAAAAUUGCAAGCCUACAUUGAAAUUCCCAUUCACACUGUUUAAGGAAACAUUAUGUUCAAAUCUUCUGUUGAAUGUUUUAUUUUGAGAGUCAGUUGAUCUGUCUAGCUAGAACCAGAUUUAGACGAGUAUGUUGAUCCCGAAUUUACUAUUUUGAUUAAAAUGCCAAUUAUUCCAAGAUUUCACUUAGUAUAGAUCCCAUGUUGACCCCAUGCACAUUGUUUCCCAUGAUCUGUCUAGGUUCCAUGAGGGUUUGUGGAAUAACUCGGCGCCUGUUCUGUUCUACUGUCAAUGCUCUUAGAUUCAUGGAACCAACUAGCAAGCUCUACUUGUGCCUGCUUCUGAGAAACAGGUCUCGAUUUUGAUAUCAUCCUUGCACAUGCCUCUGAAUCCCCUAGUUCCGCUACUAAAAUUAAGCUAAUGUGAGAGACUAAAGAAAUAAUGGCAUGCAUGUUAUGUUUGGGACUACAGUGAAAGCAGUUUCUAAUAAUAGGAACACAUUGACUUUCCUGACAUGGUCCCGAAAGUAUAGAAUGAACCUUGACUUUCCUGCUAUCUAUUUUCCAAGAUGAAGAGAAACAUGCGCUAAUAGUUCAGUUUCAUGUUUGUUGGGUUCCGUUUCCCUUGGGAGUUGCUGUUAUGUUUCUGUUCCCACUCUUUUUAUCAAAAAUCGUCAUUGAUUUGUUUGGUUUGAAAAUUCUCUCUUUUUUAAUGUCAGAGCUUACUAUGUUGCUGGUUUCCUUGUUGUUUUCAUGGUGAUCUCAUGUGUUGGGUGAACUGCUCCUUAGGCACCAAAUCUUGCAUCACAAUCAUCCUUAAUUUUCACUUUGGGUCAUGAGAGGCUGAAGGACUCAUCUUCUAAAAACUGGAGCCAACUCAAUGCAUCGGGUCCAGUUCCAGGACAAUGGCGUCAAGCAUCCAAUAUGUGGAAAACAUUUACACAGUCAGACCUACAGCAGCGGUUAUCAUAUGAAUUUGAUCGGCCUAAUGGUGCUGACAGGCUGAUAUCAGGUCCACGUCUUCCAAUCCCUUCUCACAGUAAGAAAAAAGUUGAAGACCUGCCAGAUAAGUUAUCAUCCCACAUAAACCGUGUUCAACUGAAUGGUCAUAUCAAUGUGAACAAUUCUUUUGGAUCCCCACCUGUAUUCAGUGAUUUGCAUAGAGAAGAAAGAUGUGUGGUUGGUUUGCAUGAUCCAAGCCACCUUGUAGAAGAAACUGAUACUGUGGCCAGAAGGGAAGUUGGUAUAUCAAAUACUUUCAGUGCACCUGCUGGAAUUAGUUUUGGGCCUCUCUCAAACUCAAAUGUAAAUACGUCAAUUCCAACCAUUGUGAAAGAUGAAACAUCAGUCCAUCUAGUUGGUUUGGUCUCUUCUCCACCGAGUGAUUCUAAUAAUGCGGGGAGAAUUUCUUCAGCUCACUCUCUCCGGCAGACACAUGCCUCACACCUAGUAAAACAAAGCUUUCAUAAUGCCCACAGUGGAGUGGACUCAAGUGGGGAGGCACAAACUCAAGUGAGAAACGUAAGAUCUAGGGUAGAAGGUCGGUGCCGUAAUCAAUUACUUCCUCGGUACUGGCCUAGGAUAACUGAUCAAGAGCUGCAACAGAUUUCUGGAGAGUAUCCUUUGCAUAAUGCAGUGUUCCACUGAUGAGAGUAUAGUGUGAAGUUGACUAUAACUCUUUUUUCGAGUUCGCAUAGGAAGAAAGGUUUUUGAUAGUUCUGAAAAUUUCAUCUUUCUUCAUUUUCUGCUUUUUGACAUCCAAUUGAACUACCUUAACCUGUCUAAGUUCAAAUUCUGUUGUUACUCCUUUGUUUGAGAAAAUGCUUAGUGCAAGUGAUGCUGGUCGAAUUGGGCGUUUGGUGCUUCCAAAGAAAUGCGCAGAGGUGAGUUCUUGGAUUAGCUUUACUUUAAUCGUUUGCAGGGCCUAUCAGAAGAAAUUGGUGGGAUUUUUUCUUAAAGUAUCUGUGUCAGUAUUCAGAAACAACUUGUCUUGCUUGUUACGUUUAUAAAUUUUUCCUUUCUGGUAGUGUCCAAUCCUAUUCCUUUGAAGAUGGCAAAAGUAUGGCAGCCUCUAUUUGGGACAAUAUUGGAUGUAACACUAACAGAAGAUUCGUCUUGGGAAUGUAGAAAAAGUGGAUGUCAUCCACUGUUUGACUACAUGAGGUGUAAAUUGUCUGAGACUGCCUUCAAAAGCUAGUUGCUUCUCUUUUCUUUUGUGGUUAUUAUUAUUUGCCCUUUUCUACUCUCCCAACCAAAUUUCGGUUUAUGCUUUUCUUUAUGUCCUCUUAUGGAUACGGAUUGCAUUAUUGGCUUCUUUAUCUUUUUUUCCUCCUCUCUCUCUCUCUCUCUCUCUCCCCCUUUGAAUCUGAAACUCUUGUUAUAUUCUCGUAGAAUUGUGUAUUUGAUCAGGUCUCUGGAUUUGCUGGUUUGUUCCGAUCUAGAUGAGGAUCAGAUCAAUCACACUGGCUGCCCUUGUGGGGUGGGACGCAGGGAGGGACAGAUCAACAUAGGAAAAUAAAGGGUAUUUAAGGUAAUAUGCAUAAUAAAUUUAACAAGAAAGCUAUAUUAAUGAUAAAAUCUUCAAAACAGUUUUUUGAUAACAUAUGCAACCAUAAUCUCUUACCAUCUUGGUCUUUAUGCUCGAUCCCACCCCAUUGCAACUGUGACAGGCGACAUUCGUCAGUUGUGUUGCACACUGUUCGAUGUUAGAGGUGAAUGGGUUCACCUCUUCCCCUGCUAGAGUGAUAAUGGGUCCAACCUUUUUUUUUCUUGAUUUCAAUUACAGGCAAAAAUUGGAUGUUGGGAGUGAUUCUUACCUCAUGCUCCUCUGGGAAUGCUCGAAAGUCCCAAUCUUGCUAAGAUUGGAUAAUUUCUAGCCAUUUCUAUUUUUAUAUAUUUUUUCUAAUUUAAAGGAGAAAUUGGUGUUGCCCUAUUAAACUUGGCUUAGCUGUUUUGGAUUCUGAUCUCUAUUAGCUUGUACUGAUCCCAGUUAGCCACUUUUUUUUAAUGAGGACAUCAUACCUAGAAAUGAAGUACAUGCCAUCUCCAAUAGUAAAUUAUUUUCUGUGUUCUGAUCCUUUUUAUUGAUAACCAGCUCUUUUUGCAUAAAUUCAUCAUAUGAUAGUUGAGUGCCUCUGAUAUUUAUUUGUGAGAACGUGAUUCUGGUUCUUGGUGUGGAAGACAAUUAAUGAUACUUCAGUCGUUUGUCGUAUUUACAUCUAAAGUUUAAUUUUUCGUCCAGUCAUGAUGAGAAGAAUUAUGAACUUCAGUUAAUCGUCUUUGGACCUGUAAAUUCUACUUUAUUUUAGUCCGUAUUCUCUAGUUAGGGAAUCUUUUUGAUUUUUAGCAUUUGGUUUGUCUCAAGGGUUUCUACUAAUUAUGGACAUGGUUCUUGCGAGCAGGCAUACUUCCCUGCAAUUUCUCAGCCUGAAGGGCUUCCUUUAAAAGUUCAAGAUGCCAACGGCCAGGAGUGGGUUUUUCAGUUUCGUUUUUGGCCGAAUAACAACAGCAGAAUGUAUGUAUUGGAAGGAGUUACACCAUGCAUACAGUCAAUGAAGUUACAAGCAGGUGACACAGGUAAUAUAUCUGGAAAGUUGAGUGGUAGCUUAUGCGUUUUAUUGUCUAUAUUAGGACAUUCCUUGUAAUGGAAUUUCUGUGAGGACAUUUGAUUUCACAUGGAACCAUUUUUUCUCAAUGUUUUUGGCAAUAUCUUUUAUGCUUGUUCCCGAAAUGUUUAUUUAGAUAUACCUCGAUUUCUGAUCAUUUACAGUUGUUCUUACUUGACAACUGAGACAUCAUAGCAAUGAAUCUGACUGACUAGGAACAUUGAUUGCUGUUGCCACUCAUUACUGUGUGCCUCUUUAUCUGUAGCCCUCAACGUUUUUGCUUAUAUAGUCGAGGAAUCUAGGCCACACUCUUCCGGUUUGUUUCUGUGGGCAUUUACAAGAAGUAUCAAAUCUCGGUAUCUGGGGCAGGCUGGCGUGAAAAUGAUCCUUCACUGAUCUCAGAAUGAACCUGGCUGAUCAGAGCCUUGAGUACCAAGGGUUGACUCUAAUAAAAAGCCUAGCCUACUUGUUCAAUUUCUUAUUUUGAUGCACUAGCUGAAUAAAAAAAUAUUUGUUAUGUUGACGCACUAAGCAUCAGAGUCCAGAUCUUGCCACACUAAAGCCGUCCACAAUUAUCACUGAAAUUAUGGCAUCCUUGUAAAAAAUUGUUACUUCUAUCGCAUUCUUUGCAGAGGGGGUGGGGGGGGGGGGGGUUUGUAUCUCUGCUUAUUAGGGACAAGGGAAAACUUAAGGAGUUGAAGUUAAUAGAUUGCAAUUGGGCCAUCCCAUUUUCGGAUGAAGUGGACCUUCCAAAAGAACCCUCAGUUUUGCCCCUCGAAGCCAAAGCCAUCCUCGUUGUUGGAGAAAGAACAAGAGAAGAAGAUUAAGCAGUUGCAGUAACGUUAGUAGACUGCAAGCCACCACAGACUGCCCCUGUUGCUUCUCGCCAGUCCUUUGCCUUAUUCCAUUGUGGGUUCGCUCCUCAAUUUCCUUCCAUUGCUCUGAUUAGAAAUAUUUUUCCAUACUCUAAAAAUAAAAUAAAAAAUUUCUUAUCCGAAACUGACUGUUUUAUUUUGGAUCCACUGGUUUGGCUGAUCUGUUCUGGAUUUGGAUAGGAUCAAACCCAUGCAAUUCCGUGUCCUGUAUCCUAUUCUCCUACACUGGCUCUUCUUUCUUGGCGAAUAUAAUCCUAAUUAGUAUUGAACUGGUUGAAGUUCCUCAGGGGAUCCAAACUGAUAUAUUUACAAUGAAUUUUGGUUGUUUUUCAAAACUGAAAAGAGGGAGAGAAAGAAUUCUAACCUGUUUGAUGAUACAACUAAUGAAGAUGGUUUAAAAUGCUGAGCUACAUUAGUUGGCCUUCGUGACGGUGUAAUCAAUUCAGAAAAUGUCGGGCAACACUUUCAAACCAGAUUGCCUGUUGAAGAAAGACGGUUCUUGGGCUUAUUUUUUUUAUCAAACUCUUCUAAAAUAUGAGAAAAUUUGAAGAGAGAGCUUUGUUAAGAGGACAAAGGUCCAAGGGAAGAAUUUUGGACGUGUAAGAAUUUAACUUGAUUGAUCUUUUUGUUCCUUGAUGAAGAUGCAUACAUUUCUUUGGUAAUCCUGAUCGGUAGAUCUUUGGUGAUUGGCUGGUGCUCUACAUUGUGUGUGCUUCUUUGUUGGAUCCCGAGUUUUGUGAUAAAUUUUCAUAUCAGGCAACUUUCUGAAUGUUUUGUACGGAGCACAUAUGAUAAAAUGCUCUUUAAGAUCCAGUACCAGGGUUAGAAAAAACCAUGCUCAGAUCAAUUGAUUUAAAGAACCACAAAGGCGCAUUAUGUAAACCUAUAUACCAUAAUAGCGUUAUAUAUAUUUUUUAUUGGUAGAUUAAUCAGUUCACGUGGAGGUUUAUAACUGACCUGAAAGGGCGGUCCAUAAUAGUUCAUAUCAGGAAAACAAUCGAAAUAGUGUUUUUGUGUUUUUAGCACAUUAAUUUUACAAUGUCCAACGCUGCUUCCUAUGCCCUUCCCCAUCUCUGGUUGCCUAAUUUCAUUGUCGUAUAGAAAUUACUUUUUUUGGUUAUGAGUAUCGCGAUUAAGUCACCCGAAUUAAAAGGAAUAAUGUUCUUCCCUUUUGCAGUAACAUUUAGUCGAAUGGACCCAGAAGGAAAGUUAGUUAUGGGAUUCAGAAAAGCUUCAAACGUUUCAAAUGAGCAGGUUGGUGGCCAAGAUACCAAGCUUUUACAAAGAAUACAUGCCGCCGGGCUUUGUACUUGACUCUUUAUCCAUGUGGCAUAUCCAUGAAUUGUGUAUUUACCGUGCCUGCACCUACUGAAGUUGAUGUUUGAAAAACUGAUUUCAUUGUGUUAACUAAUGAGUAUGGUUUAUCUUUUACACCCUUUGUGAACUUUUUUAUUGUUGUUCAGAUAACAUUCUAUUUGAGUUCAUGCGAUAUUCCGCUUUCUUGAUGUACUCAAGACUUUUAAACUUUAUUUUUCUAUCUUCAUUUUUACUGGGAAAAAUGAAGUGUCAGAAAUCAAUGGGGGUCUAUGAGAAUUCUUAGUCCAUCUUCUGGACAAUGGUAGUUGAACUUCGCCAAUGGUGAGUGGAGAAUGAUGCACUUUUCUACGGUUUAUUUCCAUUAUCUGAAAAAAAUGGAAAUAGUAACUGAAAAAGAUUCUUUUUUUUCUGAAUUUCAGUCACUAUUUGUUUCUUGAACUUUGACUUCUAGUUUUUCUAGGGCUAGAAAAAAUGGAAAGAUGUUAUUAUUUUCCAAUAUCUUUAAAAAUGUUGUAACUUUGAAGCAUUGUUGUGUGAGAAAUUUGCCUAAUACUUUUUUUCCUGGAUCGGCAGGACAUUCAAGCAAUCAAAGGGGGGAAUGGUUAUCCUACGACCAAAGAAGUGACCCACAGGAAUGGUAGAUCUGGUGAAGGGAUUUCAGCCCUGCACUCGCGCACACUCAAGGGCAACUCGGGAUCAAAAAAUGCAUGUUCAAAAGUCGAUAAAUCAGCAUUUAUUCAAAACGAAAGGACCCCUUCAAAGUCUUAUGUGCUCCCUCCAAAGAGGAAAGGCACUGCACCUGGUUCAAAGAACAAACGUCUACGAAUAGAAAAUGAGGAUUCUAUUGAGCUCAAGCUGACUUGGGAGGAAGCCCAAGAGCUGCUACACCCUCCCCCUAACCAUAAGCCAUCGAUUGUUGUAAUUGAAGGCCAUGAAUUUGAAGAGUAUGAGGUAUGAAAAUCAGUAAGAUGUGAUAAUAUAUUUCUUUCAGUGCAGCUGUACUAUGCUUAUAAAUUCUGGAAUAAGGACAGAAAUAAACAGUUCCUAAAUCCCUGAUCAUUUUGCGAGACAUCAAGAUCAAUAAUAGAAGGUUGCAAAUUUCUUGAUCGGACUUUUUUCUUAAAUUAAUGUUUGUAUCAGAUUGCUGAUUAAAAAACAAUGAAUGGCCAACUUCUGACAUCUAUUACGAUAUGUCACACUCGUAAAGAUUUCCCAGAUCCUCGGAUGACAAGCCUAAAUAUUAACAUUCAUUGAAAAUUGUACGUGAAGAAUCUGCUUGGAAAUUUUCAAAUUCUUGCUACCGGAAUUAAUGCUAAAUGCUCCUUCUACAUCAUUAUCCACUACUCCUCUUUGACAGGAAGCUCCAGUUCUCGGGAAGCCCGCUGCAUUCGCCACCAAUGAAGCCGGGUAAUUUAUUAUCUCUAUCAACUUACUUAUUUUUGGAAUACUUUGACUAAAAACUUCCUAAAAUGUGUAAUAUUUUUCUGCUACGUUGCACUCCUUUCUCUAGGUCCUUACUUUUUCUGUCUCACAAGACUAGUAGGGGAAGCCAUUGGUUUUCAUCUGUGCCGAUUUAUUUUUUUUAAUGUCUUUAGCACGCUGUAAGCCUGAUUGGACGGACCAACUUCUCGGCUCCAACCUGUACAAACGCAUAGACAAAAGCCUUGGCCCACAAUGCUCAGCCGAUCCUAGUGAGUACUGAGGGAUUAGAGUAUUCAAAAGCACCCACCCGAUUGGCAAGAGUUGGAUCUUGCCUGACUGAGUCCGCAGACCAUGAUAUGGGGUUUGGCUCAAGUCAACUGUUUUGUGGGCCCCACGAUAUCCUCUUACUUGGCCGCCACCAUACAGUGAGCAGCGCAGGCUGUGAAAGGAUUAUCGAGGCAGAAGCCCUAAGCAGCAGUCGUAUGAUAAUUGAGAUAAUAUUAUCCUAUUCUCUUCUCUUUUUUUUUUUUUGCAUGCGAUAGAGAGGAAUGGCCUUCAACAAAUUAUGUUGCUUACCAGAUUACGGUGGAAUUUAUGCAGUAGAUUUCCCUUCUCUGGAUGAAAUGAUUUAUGUAGUUAAAUGUUUCAUGCAAUGGAUUUCUCGUGGGGAUCUUAUCAAAGAUUAAUGCUGUUAUGGUCUCCAGGUAUUCUUCUCCCUCUGCUCAGGAAAUAACGUCGCCGCAGCCACCAGACUUGCUCCCUUCUAACAACGGUACGAGCCAGCAUGCUUUUUGCUUCUUCUGCAGUUUCCUUCUUGAGCUCUGGUAGGCAGGCAUUGUAGUAGCGCAUCGAAGAUCACAAUCUCUGGAGCUCAUUAAAAAGUAAAAGGGAAAGAAAAAAACGAUUGCAUGAAUCCCAAGCAUGAUUUUUUCUAUAAAAGCUCUGCAAUUUAUGCCUCAGAUGGUUUAUUUAUGUUUGCUGGACUCGAUGGCGCAUGGCAUACUUAAUUACGAUCUGAAAAGCAUUCGAAUGAUAGGCGUCUGAGUGAAUCUUUUAGAGAGAGAGAGAGAGAGAGAGAAAUGUGUGUGCAUUUGUGUGGCUGCAUGUGUGUUCGUUCUGAUUGAUCCUGCUGGUUGUUCUUGAUGGGCAGCUGCUUCUUCGUCGAGGAAGAACAGCAAGGGGAAGGGCGAGAGCGACGGCGGCGGCGGGGCCGCGGCGGAGGGGUCGUCGGAGGGGCUGGACACGCUGGCGAACCUGGCCAUCCUCGGGGAGGGAGGGGAGUCGCUGCCAUCGUCGUCCUCCUCGCAGCAGCCCACCACGCGCCACCCGCGCCACCGCCCCGGCUGCACCUGCAUCGUCUGCAUCCAGCCCCCCAGCGGCAAGGGCCCCAAGCACAAGCCCUCCUGCCAGUGCAACGUCUGCCUCACCGUCAAGCGCCGCUUCCGCACCCUCAUGCUCCGCAAGGAGAAGCGCCAGCAGUCCGAGAAGGACGGCGCCGACAACAAGCCCGACCCCCCCACCGCCGCCGCCGCCCAGAAGGCCCCGGAGCCCCAGGCGGCGCCCCCGCCUCCGCCGCCGCCACCGCCACCGCCGGAGAGCGUGCAGGCUCACCCACAGAAGGAGGAGGAGGAGGAGGAUCAAGCCGGCCGGAGGAAAGCUGCUGUGCCGUCCCCGAUCAAGACCCAGAUCGACCUCAACAUCCAGCCCGAUCGCGAAGAGGAGCCCUCCCCCGUCUCCGACGCCGGCAACCUUAUGCGCCUCCUCCAAGACGCCGCCGCCUAG